UUUAAAUUGCAGGAAAUGCCAUCGCGGCGCACCGCAGACUGUCUGUGGUGCUUGUUUGUCAGAGUGAUUGCACAGCGUAGCGCGGCCAAUGCAAGCUUCGACGUUCUCCCACCGCCCGUCGCCGACGGCCUGGAGUGUGUCUCCGCCGUCAUUCGCCUCUCUUGCAUAUCGCUAUCGUACAUUCAAAUGCUGUGCUUCCAGUUCCAGGUCUCCUAAUCUAGGUGUUGAUGAGAAAAGAUUUCUGGAAGCAUCAGGAUUUGGAAAUGUAAUUCCUCUGUACAAAUGCAUAUUCUCGGAUCAUUUGACUCCAGUUCUAGCUUACCGAUGUUUGGUCAGAGAAGAUGAUCGAGAGGCUCCAAGCUUCCUCUUCGAAUCCGUAGAGCCUGGAAUUCGUGCAUCAACUGUUGGGAGAUACAGUGUGGUUGGAGCACAACCAGCAAUGGAAAUUGUGGCAAAAGAGAAUGAGGUUACAAUACUAGAUCACGAUUCUGGGAAGACAAUUAAGAAGUUAGUGGAGGAUCCAAUGACAAUUCCAAGAGCAAUUUCAGAAAAUUGGAGACCUCAAUUGAUCCAAGACCUCCCAGAUGCAUUUUGUGGUGGAUGGGUUGGUUUCUUCUCGUAUGACACAGUUCGUUAUGUGGAGAAGAAAAGGCUGCCAUUCUCAACUGCACCGAAAGAUGAUAGAGGCCUCGCUGACAUUCAUCUUGGACUGUAUGAUGAUGUUAUUGUUUUUGAUCAUGUGGAGAAGAAAGCAUAUGUCAUUCACUGGGUACAGUUAGAUCGAUACUCAUCUGCUAAAAGGGCUUAUGAUAGUGGAAUGGAACACUUGAAAGCUUUAGUUUCUAAAGUACAAGGCAUUGAUCUGCCUCAGAUAUCUCCAGGUUGUAUUGAUUUCUGCACUCAUGAUUUUCGACAUCCUAUAGAGAAUAGCAACAUGACAAAUGAGGAAUAUGUAAAGGCAGUUCUACAGGCAAAAGAACAUAUUUUGGCAGGGGAUAUCUUUCAAAUAGUCUUAAGUCAACGCUUUGAAAAAAGAACAUUUGCUGAUCCAUUUGAAGUAUACAGAGCUUUGAGAGUUGUGAAUCCAAGUCCAUACAUGGGUUACUUGCAGGCUAGGGGCUGCAUACUGGUUGCUUCAAGUCCAGAAAUUCUUACUCGUGUCAAGAAGAAAAAGAUCGUUAAUCGGCCUUUGGCUGGGACAGCAAGAAGAGGACAGACGUUUCAUGAGGACCAGAUGUUAGAGAAGAAGCUGCUACAAGAUGAAAAACAAUGUGCCGAACAUAUUAUGCUGGUUGAUCUGGGCAGAAAUGAUGUUGGCAAGGUUUCAAAAUUUGGUUCAGUCAAAGUGGAAAAGCUCAUGGCGGUUGAACGGUAUUCCCAUGUGAUGCACGUCAGCUCAACAGUAACUGGGCAGUUGCUUGAUCAUCUAACAGGAUGGGAUGCUCUGAGUGCAAUGCUGCCUGCCGGAACAGUUAGUGGUGCACCAAAGGUGAAGGCUAUGGAACUAAUCGAUCAACUAGAACCAACAAGAAGGGGGCCUUACAGUGGCGGUUUUGGAGGGAUUUCAUUUUCCGGGGAUAUGGACAUAGCAUUGUCUCUGAGGACAAUAGUCUUCCCCUCGGGAGUUCACUACGACACAAUAUAUUCCUACAAAGACGGCGCCAGACUACGCAAAGAAUGGAUAGCUCAUCUCCAAGCUGGAGCUGGAAUUGUAGCCGAUAGCCAGCCUGACGAGGAGCUAAUAGAGUGCCAACACAAGGCUGCCGGUCUCGCCAUGGCCAUUGAUCUUGCCGAGUCUGCAUUCGCAAAGGGCACAAAGCCGGUGGCCGGCGCAAUCAACGGCUGCUGUUUUCCAGGUCAGCAGUUCAUUAGGCUGAAUGGGUAUGUUAAUUAGUGUCUCCCUCUUUUAUACAUGAAAGACUACUCUUUUUCAUGUGUAUGUGUUGUUUAUUGUAUUAUCAUUGAACUAAGCCUAACAAAAACCUCCUUAUUUUCGAUGGUUUUUUGUUGGGCUUAGUUUUUUCUGAUAUAUGACUGUUGGGAGUUGGAUAUAAAAGGAGUUUUUAUGGAUAUAUAUUCAAGUGAAGGUAUUUAAUUAUAGUGCUGGUUGGAAUAGUAGGCAUU